UACGGCGUCAAAGACGAGGCGGUGGGAACCCGGCAGCGUUGCGAAGGGGCCUCGCGAGGAGGCAGUUGCACGCUGCCGCCACCGCAGCGAGAGCGUGAGAGGGUCCGCCACCGAACGUCCGUCACUGAAGAUCGCAAAGCGCAGUGAAAUAAACGGUCUCGUGCAGCCCGAGGUGGACGUUGUCCGCCAUGACGGUAGUCAACGAGUGGAUUUCGGGCACAAGUUUCGGUUCCUGGGUGCAGCGCUGCCGGGAAUCUCGCCGUCUCGUUCUUGUCAUCGUGGCCAUCGCCCUGCUCUUGGACAACAUGUUGCUCACCAUCGUGGUGCCAAUAAUUCCGGAGUUUUUGUACGACAUCAAUCAUCCAGACGCACCGCUCGGUAGGCCGCCUCCGCUGCCAACCACCACCACCACAACCGAGAAUCCUUGCGAGAAAUACAUCAAAAUGUUACCCCCGCAGAACAGGGAUGGUAAUGAAACGUUAAUUACAACCACAGGAAACUACGACGAUGUUAAUGUUACAACUGCGUACGAGGCUGAAUUAAAACAGAAGGAAACGGAGAAACAAAGAAUACAUAAAGAUUUGCUGCAAGAAACUCUGGAAGUGGGCAUGCUGUUCGCCUCGAAGGCAUUUGUGCAGUUAAUGGCCAAUCCUUUCGUUGGUCCGUUGACUCACAAAAUUGGCUACAGCAUCCCCAUGUUUGCAGGAUUUGUCAUUAUGUUCCUUUCAACUUUGAUUUUCGCUUUUGGCCGGAGUUACAGUGUCCUUUUCAUAGCUAGAGCUCUCCAAGGCAUAGGAUCCUCGUGUUCCACAGUUUCAGGGAUGGGUAUGCUGGCAGAACGCUAUCCGGAAGACAAAGAGCGAGGUAACGCCAUGGGGAUAGCACUGGGCGGACUGGCGCUCGGGGUACUAAUCGGACCUCCAUUCGGCGGAUUCAUGUACGAAUUUGUCGGAAAAUCUGCUCCGUUCCUCGUGUUGGCGGCACUCGCUCUCGGAGAUGGACUGUUACAACUACUCAUGCUUCAACCGUCCGUAACCAUUCAAGAGUCGGAUCCACCAUCUUUGAAAGCACUUAUCUGCGAUCCUUACAUCAUCGUCGCGGCAGGAGCGAUAAUAUUUGCAAAUAUGGGCAUAGCCAUGCUGGAACCCUCACUCCCGAUCUGGAUGAUGGACACGAUGGACGCAGACAAGUGGCAACAGGGCGUAGCCUUUCUUCCCGCUAGUAUCUCGUAUUUGAUCGGGACUAAUGUCUUCGGACCGCUGGGCCACAGGAUGGGACGAUGGCUGGCUGCACUUUUGGGUUUAAUCAUAAUCGGUAUAUGCCUUAUGUGCAUUCCAUUGGCGACCAACAUGAAUCACUUGAUCGUGCCCAACGCGGGGUUAGGCUUCGCUAUAGGAAUGGUAGACAGUUCGAUUAUGCCGGAACUGGGCUUUCUUGUUGACAUCCGACAUUCGGCUGUCUAUGGCAGCGUCUACGCGAUCGGCGAUGUAGCUUUUUGUCUAGGAUUUGCCAUUGGACCUGCGUUGAGUGGGACACUGAUAAAAACCAUCGGUUUCGAAUGGAUGCUAUUCGGAAUCGCAAUGUUGGACUUUUUAUACGCGCCGCUUUUGAUCAGCUUGAGAAAUCCACCCACAAAAGAAGAGAAAAAGUCCUUAAUUACGGGAGAUCACUCGUCCGUACGAUACGUCACCUACCAAAACGAAGACGACGACGAAUGAACGGUUAAAAGACUGGGUUAAUCGUUGUAAAAUUUGUACAGAACGCUGUAAUAAUGUACAAACAAAAAGCGCGCCCGCAUUGGAAGUCGACACUAACUAACCAAAAGCCAUAGUAUCUUUAUUUAGUAUCGUUUAAGCUCUCCUGAAUUUAUCGAUGGAAGUGUACCCAUCAAAGAAUCAAUCAAAAUUUCAAAAUCGAGGGUCCCCGUGGUGGAUUACAGUGAAUGGCUGCGCGUAAUCCUUCAGGAAUUCUGAACGGGGCAAUCAGAUACCCUCACGUUUCGGAACGUAAAAAAUUCGCGAAAUACUUUUGCCGAUCAUGAAAAAACACUUCCAUCUCAACCCGAAUGAUUGCCAAAACAGUUUAAAAAAAACCUCUGCUAAUCAGUAUUAUCAAUCGAUGUCUAUUUAAACAUAGGUUAAGUGUAUUUUAGCAAUUGUUAAAGAAAUAAAAAAAAAUCAUUCAAGGAGAAUUGCUGAGCCAAUCAAAAUAAGCCGUGGGCACAAAUUUGGACAACGGACCGCGAGAUUUCGACGGCAAACUUUUUAGAAGUUACUCGACGGGGUAAUUUUAUGCAAGCCUCAAAAACCUCGCGUCCAGUAUCUUAAAUAUGGGGACCUAAAAAAAAAAAGAUGUUUGUAAUGCUUAUAUUGCUGAAGUACCUAUUUCUGCUAAAAAUCUGUGUGUGUCUCGCGAAAUAAAUAUUUUAACCGUUUUUGGGAGACGAACUGUCUCCUCAGAAGGUUAUUGUGUGAAGAGACAAUAAUCAGCAAAAUACAAAAAAAAUAUGACCAAUACUUGAACAAAUAAGCUGGUGAGGGUCCGAAAUACAGGGCAUAAUCGUUCAAAUAGGCGAUUUUUGCUUUUAUUAUUCAGUAUUAUUAGUUAAAUAUGGGGCCAUAUAUAUUCCAGAUGUGUUUUAAUGAAGUAGAUUUAUCGUCGGUGUUAUUAACUGCAUGUUAGUCUUUAAGAUUUACCAAAGUAGAAAUUUAUCAAACAUCUUAGAGAAAAUGGCUAAGUGUAUUUAGAAAAUAACUGUUGUAUGUUUUGAUGUAUUUAUGGAUUAACUAUGGUGCAAAAAGAUUAAAUAAAAGGUUACAAA